AUGGAGAAAAUAAUAGCAAUGGAGCAAAUCGACGAAGGCGUGAACAUCGUCGACUCAAUUUCCUACCUAGACUUAUCUUCUGCAAGCUCAACACUCUCCUCCAUUUUCAGCACCGAAGAUCUUCCAAGCUCAUCCAGUAGUAGCACCACUAGUUCAGGAGAGAUCUUACCUGCAACAGUACUGCCUAGGUUACAGUGUGUUGGUAGGAAUAAUAAGGGAGUUACGGGGGGAUUUACGUCGGUAAUAGGGAGAAGGAAAGAGAUGGAGGAUGCUGUUAAGGUUGUACCUGGAUUGCUGUCAUCCACGUGUGAUCAUGUUGGAGGUUGUACGGCUCCUGGUUCUAGAACCUCCGGUGAGGUUUCUCCUGUUCAUUUCUUCGGUGUUUAUGAUGGUCAUGGUGGAUCUCAGGUGGCGGAAUUUUGUGAGAAAAGGAUGCAUGAAGUUGUAGCAGAAGAAUUGGACCAAGAAACAAAUGAUGUUCACCACUGGCAAAAAAAGUGGGAAGCAGCAUUUGUUAGAAGUUUUGAAAGAGUAGAUAAUGAAAUUUUCAUUGAGGCACCAUCACUGGAAAUGGUUGGAUCUCCGGCUGUGGUGGCCAUUCUAUCUGGUUGCCAGAUUAUAGCAUCUAAUUGUGGUGACUCGAGGGCAGUGCUUUGCAGGGGGACUGAUACAAUUGCCUUAACCGUCGAUCAGAAGCCUGAUAGAGAAGAUGAACUUCUAAGAAUUGAAGAACAAGGAGGAAAAGUCAUAAACUGGAAUGGCGCUAGAGUAUUUGGAGUUCUUGCAAUGUCCAGAGCUAUAGGUGAUAGGUACUUGAGACCAUGGAUUAUUCCUGUGCCUGAAAUAACUUUCACAACAAGGAGUGAUGAAGACAAGUGUCUGAUACUGGCCAGUGACGGUCUUUGGGAUGUCAUGUCAAAUGACGAGGUGGGAGAGGUGGCCCGUCGCAUUUUAAGACGGCGACGCAGAUCUAUGUCAGAUGAUGAGACUCCUGCAGCUCAAACAGUUGCUGACAGCUUGACUGAAAUAUCUCUUGGGAGAAAUAGUACAGAUAACAUUUCGAUUAUUGUAGUUGAUUUAAAAGCAAAGAGAAAAAGGCGGCAAAAUCCAUAGAUCGAGUGAAGCAAAUGAAGCCCGCGGUUUCUUUUCUUGCUGCUCUAUCAAUUGGUAAUGGUUGUUAGAUACAAAUGUACAAAUAACAUAGGUACUUCUAGUAUGCGUACAGAGGACUGGCUGUCUCUGCGCUUGAUUAAGAAGUUAUUCAUGUUGAACCAUGAUAGCUGACCUGUAUGAAGCUGACUAGUGAUAGACUGCCAUCCUGCAGCUGCAGUAACUGUUUUGGCUACAGAAUUGCUGGGGGUCGCUCCUGAUUUUCAGCUUCGUUGAAAUUGUAGAAAUUCGACGGUCAGUGAACCUCAGUGGAAUGUCUGUUGAGUUCCUGGUUCAUAUACAGGACAGCAAAGUGGAUGUCACUUGGAAAUAGUUAUCCUACAUAUUUCUCCUUUCACAGUUUGACGUGGCCCAAAAUGUAACGGAGAGAGAAAUGAGGUUUCAUGAUGCAUUCCUUGACCCAAUCACUUCAUUCAGAUUGGGGUUAGUAAGAGACUGUCAUUGGACAAACAGGUAUGGUCUUUAGUAGUAAGGAGGGCUUGUUUUCAUCUCCUUUUCCAGCUUACAUAUUGGAGAAACUGCUCUUCGGCAAAGAAGCUUCAUCCGAUCAGAGGCUUCGUAAGCUUCAAAACUCAGUCAAGGCCUUGACAAAACAGAAAGUUAUCAUAGUACAUCGUCAAUGAAACUUCCAUACUGGAGCAAGAACUAGUGCCACUCUUUCAAUUGGCAUCUAACCAUCUUGUUCUCACUGGUGCCAGAGUUGGUCUUUCUAAUCAUUCAGAAAAGAACCUGGUGUGAAGAUCUUGAACGCAUGAGUGAGUUUGCCUUCGUCCACGCCUUAUGACGGAAGGGGAGUCGGCGUGGUGUAAAGUGAAGAUUGGGGAGAGUAGAAACAAUUUCAUUAUGGAGUAUUACGAAGGUAUAACCUAGGCAAAGAAAAAGGAGCUGCUACUUCAACUAGAGGAGCGACCAGUUGGUAGUUAAGUUUGGGGAAGUUCUGGAGCACGCAAAUAUAUAUGCUGGACAGCUGAUGCAUUCUUGUCUGCUGCAACUCAUUGGUUGGCAAUUUGUUCAAAUUUAACUUGGUAAACAGCAAUCCCGGUUUCUUUGAUGAUGAUUCUGCUGAAUAUUUUAGGGAUGCUACUGAGGUUUAUUGGCAACAUGUGCAUGAAUUGCAAGACCUCCCUAUAAUGUCCCCUAUAGUUAGGUUUCUUCGUCAAUUCAAGGGAAGCAGAAGUAGAAGCAGCAGAAUUUGAGUGUUUUUCCUUUUUCAUGAUCUCUGUUUCGCCAUCGUUGGGGUUUCUCCUUUUAAAACCUUUGAGAGUAUGGUUAUGGAGGUGUUUCUGAUAAAUGUCCAUUGAUCCUCUAAAUCUGUUACCUUAUAUGCUGAUUGUUGUCAUUGCAAUCAUCCUAUUUUACGUGUUAUCUAGUAAUAGUGUAAGCACUGUUUUGCAAAGUGUGAUCAAGCAGAGAGAAUGAAAUUCUGGGAGUCA